AUGACGUCCUCCAUGGAUACAAUCGAGAUCGUUGGAGGCGUCCAUGCCGGGACGAAGCGUCUUCAACUGAAAUCUGUGUUGGAACGAUAUGGGGAGAUCGACAUUUGUCACAAGGUCGGCGACCCCGUCCAGCACAUUCCUUGGGUGCGCUUCGUCAACGCUUCAGGCGCGCGGCAAGCCAUGGAUGCCAUAGACCGGCAAGAGGUGCUCAUCGAUGGCGUUGCGAUCAAGGCCCGGUGGAAGCCGAGAGGGAAGGACAACACCGCGGAUGAGCGCAAAGGCUACACAAGUCGAGACAUCUUCAUGGCGGAGAAGCAGCGCAAGGGCGGCGGCGGAGGCGGUGGUAGCAGAGAGCUAAUGCAACAAAGUAGCAGGCGUAGCAGCCGUAGCCGCAGCCGAAGCAAUGGCCGGCGCAAUGCGAGAGGUGGUGGCGGAGGUAGCCGGUCAAUGAUCUAUGACGACAGGCCCAGAGAUCGCGACCGCUACGACGAUAGGCGCCGAGACGACCGGGGCUACGACGAUCGAGGUCGUCAUGAUGAUCGGCGCGAUGACCGGCGGGAUGACAGGCAUAGCUACGACGACCGCCGUGAUGACCGACGCCGCGAUGAUCGCCAUGAGGACCGCAGAGAUCGGGAGGACAGCAGAGACAGGGGCCGUUACACAUCGAGCCGCGGAGGGCGCCUGUGA